CUGGGAUCUGCCGCGAGAGUCGAACGUCAUUUCCGAACUUGCUUCCUGCCUGAAGCUAUCCCCCUGCAUUUUUGUGAUCUCCAAUGUCUCUUGCCAAUCGAAUUGCCAUCGUCACGGGCGCUGCCUCCGGUCUGGGUCGUGCCACGGCCACCCGUUUCGUUCAGAAUGGCGCGCGAGUAGUUCUGUGCGACCUUCCGACCAGCGACGGUGUCAACGUUGCGAGGGAGCUCGGCGUCUCGUGUCACUUCAGCCCCACAGACGUGACGAACGAGGACGAUGUGACAGCGGCGCUGGAUCUAGCCGAGUCUUCCUUUGGUGAGCCCGUGAACACCGUGGUAAACUGUGCGGGCAUCGCGCUGGCUAUCAAGACGCUGAGCAAAAAGGGUGUGCAUCAACUUUUUCAGUUCCAACAGACCAUCAACGUCAACACGGUCGGAUCUUUCAACGUUGCACGCCUCGCAGCUGAGCGCAUGUCCAAAACGCGACCGGGGCCUGGUGGUGAGCGUGGUGUCAUCAUCAACACGGCCAGUAUCGCUGCAUACGACGGACAGAUUGGCCAAGCGGCGUAUGCUGCUAGCAAAGGUGCCAUUGUAGGAAUGACGUUGCCACUUGCAAGAGACCUCGCAUCGUAUGGCAUUCGCGUGAACACGAUUGCACCAGGUUUGUUCAUGACUCCGCUGCUGGCUGCGCUCCCGGAGAAGGUGCAAAAGCAGCUGGGCGACACUGUUCCGUUCCCAAGCCGCUUGGGAAACCCCGAGGAGUACGCCCAGUUGGUGCAUUCAAUCAUUGACAACAAGAUGAUCAACGGUGAAACCAUUCGUCUUGAUGGUGCCCUUCGUAUGCCGCCGAAGUAAUGCACACAAGCGAAGAUACCUAACGAAAAUUUAUAUGUUCUCGUUAACGGUCAAAUAAAUACUACAGCUCAUGUGAGCUCUUGCGACCCACAGCACUCA